AUGAAGAUCCUCUCUUUCAAUGUUAGAGGCUUGGGUAAUCCGGCCAAGAGAAGGGUGAUUCGUGAUUUGGUAACCAGGGAGCAGGUUGAGUGUUUGUGUAUUCAGGAGACAAAAAUUCAAAGCAUCGAUAAUAGAUUGUGUGCUCAGUUGUGGGGGGAUGCUGAGUUUGAUUGGCAGUUUCAACCCGCUAAAAGAGUUUUGUGGGCGAAUUUGUUAGCUUGGAAGGGGCGUAUUUCAGUUGCUGUGUGGUGUUUGGCAGGAGAUUUUAAUGCAGUAAGAAGUGAGGAGGAAAGAAGAGGAAUCUCAGAAGGGUCUUUGUCUCAGCGAAGGGAAAUUUCAGAAUUCAACAAUUUCAUUACAGAGAUGAAGUUAUUUGAUGUUCCUCUUGUUGGCAGAAAAUUCACUUGGGUUAGACCGAAUGGACAAGCACAAAGUAGGAUUGACAGAUUUUUGCUAUCUUAUGAAUGCCUCAAUCUUUGGCCGAAUUGCUCGCAACUUGUUCUCAAUUGGGAUAUCUCUGAUCACUGCCCCUUGCUAUUGAGGUGUGUGGUACAAGAGUGGGGCCCAAAACCAUUCAGGGUGCUGAAUUGUUGGUUUCAGGAUCAUAGAUUUGAGGCCUUUGUGAAGCAAUCUUGGGGGGAAGCACAUGUAAAUGGUUGGGGCGCUUUUACUCUUAAGGAAAAAUUGAAGAUUCUUAAAUCAAAGCUAAAACUCUGGAACAGUGAGGUAUUUGGGGAUUUGAAAACCAGGAGAAACUUGGCAGUCAUCAGAAUUAAUGAGCUGGAUAUCUUGGAGGAGGAAGCAGGCUUGUCUGAUGAACAAAAUCAAGAGCGGAAAAAUUUGUUGCAUGAGUUUUGGUCAGUAUUAAAGCUUCAUGAAUCUCUUUUGUGUCAGAAAGCAAGGUCUAGAUGGUUGAAGGAGGGGGAUCAAAAUUCUAAGUAUUUCCAUUCCGUGGUUAAUUGGAGGAGAAGAUCAAAUUCUAUGGUGGGUCUUGUGAUUGAUGGUUCUUGGGAGGAGGACCCGAGGAAGGCAAAAGAUGAAGUGAGCAAUUUUUUUCAGAAGAAGUUUACUGCUGACAACUUGGAAGGGUUGAAAUUGAAUGGUGUUCCUUUCAAAUAUGUCACAGCUGAGGAUAACGCUUUCUUAAUUGGGCGCUUUGAGGCAUCUGAGAUAAAGGAAGCUGUGUGGGAGUGUGGUGGUGAUAAAAGUUCGGGACCAAAUGGGUUCAAUUUCAGAUUUAUACAACGCUUUUGGGAGUGGAGGUUCGGCAAGUGGUUGAUGAGUUUUGGAUGCGGGGUGUGUGGCCUAGAGGUUGUGUCAAAAUUGUUGGCUAUUAGGCUUAAGAAGGUGCUUUCGAAGGUGAUCAGUGAUAAUCAGUUCGCAGUUUUAGGGGGGAGAAAUAUGUUGGACAGUGUGGUGAUUUUAAAUGAAGCGGUUGGGGUGGCGAAGAGAUCCAAGAAACCAACUGUGAGUGAUUUAGGAGUGUCUGACAUCGAUUUUCAAUCAACCUGGUCUGCAUUUGCUCCCUCAAAGGUCAAAGCUUUUGCUUGGCGCAUGUUGCUAAAUCGGAUCCCGACCAAGGUGAAUUUAAGGAGGAGAGGUGUCAUUCCGGCAGAGGUGGAUGUAUUCUGUCCUUUUUGUAAUCGUAUAGAAGAGUGUUGUGAUCAUUUGUUCUGUACGUGCUCACGGUCUUUUGAUGUCUGGAAUGCUGUCUAUCGGUGGUUGGGGUUUGAAACUGUAUUGCCAUCUUCAUCAGAAUCACUUUUUAGCCAGUUCUCCUUUGUUGGCAGAAACAAGAAACAACGACUUGCUGAGGUAACAGUGUGGAUGGCGUCUUGCUAG